AUGCGACUGCUCUAUCCGGCUAUCCGUGCCUACGCCCAACCUGGAGUUUUACCCCUUCCCAGCACCGACAUCUAUGCUACCUUCGGGAUGGUCAGUUUCUUUUUGGGUCGUCUCCAGCACUACAGAGACUGGGCGUGUCACAGGUAUAGACUCAGAGGGCGUUUGCAUCCUUGUAUUGCUCCUUUUGAGACCGGAGUUAUCAACGGCAAGGUACUAACCGGAUUAACAGAUGCUCAGCUAGAGAACUUAGAUAUGAUUGAAGGAGAUGAAUACGAGAGAAAAACUGUUGAGGUUGUAUUGACCGAUACCUUGGAGAAAAUGGAAGUGGAAGCCUUUAUAUGGGCCAACAAGGAUGAUCCUGAUAUGUAUGGAGAAUGGGAUUUUGAGGAGUGGAAGCGGCUUCACAUGGAGAAGUUCAUAGAGGCAUCGAAAAAGUUCAUCGAAUGGAAGAAGAAUUCAAAUGGCAAAACAAGGGAAGAGUUUGCCAAAUUUGUAAACGAAGAUCCUCCCGUGGCUUGAAGGAUGUGUUAUCUAAUAUUUAUCUAUCUUUUACUAAAAAAUAAAAGGGUCUGAUCAGUGAUCAAUGCCAUAAGAUUAUAAUAAACUUUGUGAGUUCGAAAACAAAAAGAUGUUGUACUGUAUCUAUAUCUAUAUAUGAACAAGAGGUAUAUGUGUUAA